AGGAGGAUAGUGUGAUAGUCUGUCUGGAUACCUACCCAACCCCGUGCGUAAAAUAUAUUUUGGAAAGACAGUUAGGAUAUCCAAAAGAAGCUUUUUUCAAACGAGCUACCGCAUAAACUGAUCACAGACGGAAACAAUCGCAUUUCAAGAAAACACGAAUCCAGAUUGGAGGAAGACCGUUGAACUUUGACUGUUGUUUUUUACGGCUGAAAGUCAGAAGUUUCUCGGCCCUGCUUGACAAGCCCCGGACGACCAGGACUCUCCAAAUCCACUGCAGGUCAAAGAGUUCUUUAUCUUUUCAAUAGAUUCUAGCCAUGUGUGCAUUCAGUAGUUGGAGAUAAAACUGCAGCAAAACUCUGGUGUGGUUGUGAGGGGGGAGAGGGAGAGUCAGUUCCUCGCCGGACCAGAGGAGGGAAAUCUGGGAGAGAGGGGAAAGAGAAGCGGCGUCUCCGAGGAUGACUUUAGGGACGGAUAUGUCCGACAGCUCUGCAUUGUCCGAAGAUUUGGACAUCGACGUGGUUGGGGGUGACAUAUCCGUGGGAAAAGACGGAAAGUACAUCCACGAUGAGUUUGACAAUGACUCGGACGAUAAUUACUCCCAAAACGCGGCCGAGAGGGCUUCCUCUCCCGGGCUCAGCAGCUCCGACUGUCCGUCAGACCAGAUGGGCUCCGGCGCAGAGGUCGGCACUGCAAUAGGGGACAAAUCCAGAAAAAACGCACUUGUGAAGCCCCCUUACUCUUACAUUGCCCUGAUCACCAUGUCCAUCCUGCAGAGCCCCAAGAAGCGCCUCACUCUCAGCGAGAUCUGCGAGUUCAUCAGCAGCAGAUUCCCCUACUACCGAGAGAAAUUCCCCGCGUGGCAAAACUCCAUUCGCCACAACCUGUCCCUAAACGACUGCUUUGUGAAAAUCCCACGAGAACCAGGCAACCCCGGGAAGGGCAACUACUGGACUCUCGACCCGGAUUCCGCAGACAUGUUCGACAACGGGAGCUUCUUGCGCAGGAGGAAGCGCUUCAAGAGGCACCAUGCUAACGAAAUCCUCCGGGAGGCUGCUGGCUUCCUACCCGGGUUUGGAUACAGCCCGUACGGAUACAACUAUGGAAUCCAGCUGCAGAACUUCCACGCAGCCCACAACCCGUAUCACCCGCACCACCACACAGGGGGCUCAUUCCCGUUCCCCAACGCCCACUGCACCUUGCCCUCAUCAGCCUCCAUAUUCCAAGCGCCGCAUCACCUUCCCUCUCUUUUAGGGGCAGAUUUAAGAAAGCCCUUUUACCCUCAGCUCAGCCCGUCCCUGCCGCCUCUCAAGACGGACUCCAGCGCCCCGAGUCGGCCUUCUUUCUCCAUUGACAAUAUCAUCGGCGCGGCCCACUCCACCGCCUCUUCCUACAGCGUGCCGCCGGGCAGCCAGGCUCAGAUCCUGGCUAUCCUCACCCCAGCACUGGCCUCUGCUUCAAACCAUUUGACCCUAUCACAGGACAGCAUAUUACAACCAGGGCCACAGACAUUUUCCAGCAAAAACCCCAAUAUGAACACUUGUCCUUUCUAAAAAGAAA